UGGCGCUUUCAGUGGGAUUACGGCUGUUUUGGAUUCUGGGGGCUUGCCAGUAUCGCAGGUCUGGGGUUCGCUUGGCUUUGCAAGGUCUUGCGAGAGAAAAGUGGGCAGACGCAUAAUGGAUGGGCCGCUCAUUUGCGCUGCGUACGCGUAGACGGGCUACGUGCAUGCGGGAUGGAAGUUCCUCAAUGCGAUGGUUUUUUUGUGCGCGCCGAGAACGGGCCAUGGAUUGGACGCAGUCGGCUGACAGCAUCUUCGCUUGCUUUUGCCCCCAACCCCUCCAGAGCUGGACGACUACGAUGAGGAGAUGACGGAGGUGCUAGAGCAGGUCGAGUCUAUCCUUGACAAAGAGAUCGGCCGCCUGAAGGGCCAAGAAAAGAUCGAGAAAUGCAGUUACCUGAAAAACCGGCUAGCCCGCGCCAAAAAAAUUCACCGCUCGAUCGUCGUCGAAACACGCGAAGCGCCUGUGGGCCAACGGUCCUCCUGGGAGCAAAAAGCUAAAGGCUACGAAACGCGCAUCGCCAAACUGAUGCAGGACGUGGAGUUUGCCGAGACGUCUGUGGAACGCGAUGAGGGGGCAGGGGCUGGUGGAGGACGGCGGAAGGUGGAGGAGAUGAAUACGAAGGAGAUUACGCAGACGGCGAUGCAGAUUCAGGAACAGACGCAGCAGGGCGCCGCGAGGGCGAAGAGGAUGGUGGAGGAGACGUUGGAGAUGGGAAUGGCCGUGAAAGACGAAGUCGUGAAACAAGGGCAGCAGAUGAACAAGAUCCAGGAAGAUGUCGAUACCGUCGACUCGAAUCUGAAACGCGCUGAGAAGCAACUGCGGGUUUUUAUGAGACGCAUGGCAACCGACAAAAUUUUCAUCAUCUUUAUCCUUCUCAUCGUCAUCCUGAUCAUCCUCGCCAUCGUGCUGUUCACGCUCAAGCAGAAAGGGAUCAUUGCCAUCAGCUCGUCAGGAGCAUUCUCCGUCCCGGCCCUGCAAUCGCAGGCUGCGAGUCCGCCGUCGUGAGGCUUGGGAAAUGUCCCGCCUCCCACAUGGAGAAUUUUACAGGCAUAUCGUUGUGCCCAUGCACUCUGGACGCAAAUACGCACGCACCUGCCCCAACGCUAUUCCCACCACUAUUUGUACUAUAUCCCUAUCAUUAUUAUCGUCAUGUUUCUGGUACAGU